AUGCCUAUUGAAUCAAUUCCUGACUCUGAUCUUAUCAAACCAAAAACCAAACGAUUACAGAGAGAAAGCUACUGGAUGGACCAACUCCAAACAGUGGCUCCAAAUGGACUUAACAUCCAGCAUGAUAAUCAAAUGAUUCCAUUUGUUGCCACCUUUAAUCAUACAGCUGCCAAAACCUCACCCAUCGUCAAACAGUAUUACAGUGAAUUACAGAACAGAUUUCCGAAUGUAUAUACCAAACGACUUGUAAUUGCCUAUAAGCGCAAUAAAAACCUUAGUAAUUUUCUGGUCCGUGCUAGUUUUGAAAACCCAAUAAAGAAAUGUGGUAUUGAAACUUUGUUGUUUUACCAAAAGUUGUUCCACAUUGAUGACGUUGACGAUGAUGAUGUAGUAGAAUAUGACGAUUUAGUCUCUGAAAUUCAAAGAUCUGAUUCUAAUAAUGAUCGUAUUUGGACGUAUGAAGAAGCACUGACAGACGUCGACUAUGAAAAUGUCACGGAAGAGCACUUUCUGUCAUAUGACCACAACGGAGACGGUCAUAUUUCAAGUCAAGAUGCCUGGCUUGUUUUCGAGUUGCUACCAGGAACUGGAAAUUACCUUAAUUUGGAGAAUUUCCUAAUUAUCCAAGCUACACGAGAUAAAAAAUCACAGGGACCAGAAAUAGAUAUUAAAGCCUUUGUCCAUGCCGUGAAAGAUUUUAGAAUCAUCGAUGUGGAUGACGAUUUCAUUUUGACGAGGAAGGAAUUUAGAAUGAGAUUCAAAAGCGCUGAUAGGAAUAAAGACGGGCAGUUGACGGGAUCAGAAAUAAGAAAUCUUUUUCCAAUGAGAAGCACCCCUCCACCAAAUAUCUGUGGAGAUUGGAAUGUCGACUGCUCACAAGAUGACGCCAUGGCGUUAUUUGAUUCAGCAGCUACGGAAAACGGGUCGCAACUUUCUGUUGAUGAAUAUAUUCGACAUUUCGGUCCCUUGGUUAAAAUUUAA